GGAAGUAUUUUAAGAGUUUCUGCAAAACAAAAAAAAACACUUUCACCGAUCACAUUUCUCUCUCACUCUCUCUUGGUUCUCUUAUUUGCAUUCUCUUUCACCACUCACGUCUUUUUGCAAAGAAGAAAGCAUGGCUGCAGAGUUUGUGGGUGGAGCAGUUUUCUCUGCAUUCCUUCAGGUGGCGUUUGACAGAGUGGCCUCUCGUGACGUUGUCAACUUUCUCAAGGGAAGCAAAGUUAUUGAAGGAUUGGUGCGAAAGCUGAAGUUAGUGCUGAUAACUGCUGAUUCAGCGCUCAGUGAUGCGGAGGAGAAGCAAUUUGAAUACCCAAAUGUGAAACGGUGGCUGAACGAGCUUAAAGAUGCUGUUUAUGUUGCGGAUGACCUCCUCGAUGAGAUUGCCACUGAAGCCUUACGAUCCAAGUCAGAAGCUGAAUUUCAAACCAGCACUAGUACGGUAUGGGACUUCUUCUCUGCUAAUUCAUUUGAUAUACAAUCGAAGCUAGAAAAAAUUCUGGAUAAUUUAGAAUAUAUUAUAAAACAAAAGGAUGUCCUUAGUCUUGUUGCUAGUGUUGCCCUGAAGGAUACCCCUGGUCUUAAAGGUAUACAAUCAAGACCAUUGACAACUUCUUGCCCUGAAGAAUAUGGUGUAUUUGGUAGAGACAAGGACAAGGAGGGGAUAUUUGAGAAGUUCCAAUCUAAUGGUGCAAGUGUUGAUGGGAUAUGUGUUGUUCCCAUAGUGGCUAUGGGUGGAGUUGGAAAAACUACUCUUGCUCGGUUUGUUUUCAAUGACAAAAGAAUAAAUGAGAGUUUUGAUCUCAAAGCUUGGGUUUGCGUUUCAGAAAAUUUUGAUAAUUUUAGGAUAGCAAAAACAAUUUUUGAGGAGGUCACUUCCUCUGCUUGUGACAAUCAAAACAUGAAUUUUCUGCAAAAUAAAAUUAGAGAGAAAUUCAUGGAGAAGAAAGUUUUCCUCGUUUUAGACGAUGUUUGGAAUGAGAAAUAUAGUGAUUGGGCUGAGCUACUUAAAGUUUUCAGAUGUGGUGCAAAGGAGAUUAAGAUCAUUGUUACUACACGCAGUACAAAAGUCGCAUCAAAUGUCCGCACUGUUGCAGAUUUUUUUCUAAGACAAUUAUCAGAAAAAGAGUGCUGGUCAUUGUUUAAAAAACACACAUUUAUAAAUGGAAAGGCUAGUGAUCCAAUUCUAGAGGAUAUUGGUAGGCAAAUUGUCCAGAAGUGUAAAGGCUUACCUUUGGCAGCAAAAACACUUGGUGGUUUGCUGCGUUGUCAGCAAGAUCCAAAGGAGUGGACAAUGAUUUUGAAGAGUGAUAUAUGGAAUUUACCAGAAAAAGAAAGUGACAUCCUUCCGGCUCUAAGAUUGAGCUACCACUACCUCCCAUCACAUUUGAAGCAUUGCUUUGCUUAUUGUUCCGUCCUUCCAAAGGGUUAUGAAUUUAAAAAAGAGGAGUUGGUCUUGUUGUGGAUGGCACAAAAUUUUUUACAGCAAUCCAAAGGAAAUGGGAGGAUGGAAGAAAUAGGUGAACGGUACUUUGAUGAUCUUGUAUCUAGGUCACUUCUUCAACAAUCAAGUACUAAUGAAUCACGUUUCAUAAUGCAUGACCUAGUCAAUGACUUGGCAACAUUUAUAUCUGGAGAAUUUUGUUUUAGGUUUGUGGAAAAUGAUGAGUUGAAUAAAAUAACAGAAAAAACACGUCAUUUUUCAUAUCCUAAAGGUCGAUUUGAUAACUCUAAGAAAUUUGAGUUCCUUUAUGAAGCAAAGGGUUUGCGAACCUUCUUGGGAGAAAAACAGUUACUGUUACCAUGGGAAAAUUAUAACUCUGCAGAGAAGAUAAUGAUAGAUGAUUUGUUGGAGGAAUUUAAAACCUUACGGGUGUUAUCAUUGUCUAGCAUGGGAAUAAGAGAGUUGCCUAAUUCCAUUGAUAAUUUAAAGCACCUUCGUUAUUUGAAUAUUCUUUGCACUAAAAUCAGUCACUUACCCGAUUCCAUAUGUAACUUGUAUUGUUUGCAAACCUUGAUAUUGUCACGGUACAUCACCGAGUUGCCUACGAACACGAGUAAACUAAUCAACUUGCGCCACCUAGAUAAUAGUGGAGCCAAAAUGGAAGAGAUGCCACCACAUAUGGGUAAAAUGAAAAAUCUCAUAAAAUUACCUGUUUUUGUUGUGGGCAAACGUGAUGAUGGGUCCAGUAUAAGAAUUAGUGGAGCUUCAGCAUCUUUCUGA